AUGCUGCAGAACAGUGUCCGCUCGUUCGCCAAGCUCGUUCAGCCCGCUUCGGGGUUAGUUUUUGUUUAUUUUCGGUGAAAGCAAAAAUACGUGCAGAUUGGCGGCGGUUCGCUCGAAGCACACUCUGCCGGACCUUCCGUACGAUUAUGCCGACCUGGAGCCGGUGAUCAGCCACGAAAUCAUGCAACUUCACCAUCAGAAGCACCACGCCACCUACGUGAACAAUCUGAAUCAGAUUGAGGAGAAGUUGCACGAGGCUGUCUCCAAAGGUACGCAUUUCCACUCAUUUUCAGCAAGAAUACACGUUUUUCUACGCGAAAAGUGCGAAGUUUCAGUAAUUUCAUCGAAAAUCUAGAGAAAAGUGUGAAAUUGUUCAGGAAACGUAAAGGAGGCGAUCGCCCUGCAGCCGGCACUCAAAUUCAACGGCGGCGGGCACAUCAACCACUCGAUCUUCUGGACUAAUCUGUCGAAGGACGGCGGAGAGCCCUCCGCCGAGCUUCUGGCCGCCAUCAAGGUGAAAAUGGGAGGGAAACUAUUGUUUUGUAGUGAAAAUGACACAAUUUACCGUUUCAAAAAUGUUUGUCCAAGGUAAAAUCGUGAUAUUUUGCAUAAUCGGAUCAUUUUAUGGUUUGAAAUGUAAAGGUUCGAGUGUGAAAAUGUCUAUUUGUUUGCAGAAAGACUUCGGUUCGCUGGACGCCCUGCAGAAGCAGCUGUCCGCGUCGACCAUUGCGGUUCAGGGAUCCGGCUGGGGCUGGCUGGGCUACUGCCCGAAGGGAAAGUCGCUGAAAGUGGCCGUCUGCGCCAACCAGGACCCUCUCGAGGCCACCACCGGCCUCAUUCCGUUGUUCGGAAUCGACGUCUGGGAGCACGCCUACUACCUUCAGUACAAGAAUGUGCGCCCCGAUUACGUCAACGCCAUUUGGAAGGUUUGUAUUUGGUGAAGAACUGUUCUGCAUUUUCGUAGCAUUUCAACGCUGUUUCAAUUUUUGACGCUUAGAAAAUCAGAAAUCGUAUUUUUUCAGAUCGCCAACUGGAAGAACGUCAGCGAGCGCUUCGCCAAGGCCCAACAAUAA